AUGGAAAAGAGUUCAGUUUCACCAAAUAACUCAUUUACUAGUGCCAUGACUCUAACUGAAAAAAAGAGUUUAGUUUCACCAAAUAACUCAUUUAAUAGUGUCAUGACGCUUACUGAAGAGGGACUAACCAGUGUUCCCAAACGUUACGUUCUUCCACCAUCCCUACGCCCCGACGGAACCUUGUCCAACACAUGCUUGCCAAUAGUGGAUCUAACCUUACUGCGACACCCUCUUCUUCGGCCUCAGAUAAUCCAGCAAGUACGCCUGGCCUGCAAGGAACUAGGUUUUUUCCAGGUAGUCAACCAUGGAAUCCCGGAGUCAGUCAUGAAAGAUGCAUUAGAUGUGGCGACUGAGUUCUUUGCUUUGACAAAUGAAGAGAAAAUGCAUCUCAUGUCUCCAAAUGUUCAUGAUCCCGUAAGGUAUAAUACCAGUCUAAAUGAUGUCAAAGACAAAUUAUCCUUUUGGAGAGACUUCCUCAAGCACUACGCCAAUCCAAUCUCAAAUUGGAUAGAUUUAUGGCCAUCAAAUCCCACAUGUUACAAGGAGAAAAUGGGAAAUUACACAAAGGCAGUACAAAAGUUGCAAGAAGAACUAAUGGAAGUAAUAUUCGAGAGCUUAGAACUAAACCCUACUUACUUACAUGAAGACAUUGCAGAAGGCUCCCAGGUCAUGGCUGUUAAUUUCUAUCCAGUAUGUCCUGAACCGGAUCUUGCACUAGGCUUGCCACCACAUACAGAUUACUCUUUGCUAUCCAUCAUUCUUCAAAAUCAUCAGGGCUUGCAAAUCAUGGACCGAGAUGAAAAGUGGCAUUCGGUUCCAUUGAUUGAAGGAGCCCUCAUUGUUCAGAUGGGAGAUCACAUGGAAGUAUUGAGCAAUGGUCGAUACAAAGGUGUUGUCCACCGAGCAACACUUAACUCAGAGAAAAAGCGCCUUUCCAUUACCAGCCUUCACAGCCUAGCUUUAGGUAAAAAAGUUAGACCUGCGCCAGAGCUUGUCGAUGAGCAACAUAUCUUAUCCUACAAAGAAGGAGGAAUCAGUGAUUUCCUCGACUUCAUUUCUGGAGAAAAUAUUGUGGAAGCAAAGUACAUAGAUAUAUUAAAACUAAAUCCAUGAUGAUUAUAGUCCAUAGACAGCAGACGAGCCAUACUAGAACCAUCACUGUUACACUCUUCAAACUCCUUUUUGUGGUUGCACUUGUUAAAUGCCAAAGGCGUAUAACCAGUAGCCCAUUUUGUGGCUGCACUUGUUAAAUGCCAAAGGCGUAUAACCAGUAGCCAUCUUUCUUAUGUACAUUGUGCUUAUAUCACUUGUGAGACUCUCCUUUCUUCAUGCCAGGAGGCUUUACUGUGAAAAAUAAGGUCUAAGGAUCCAUGAUUUUUGCAUAUUGGUAUAGCAGGUCUUGAACCUGCGACCAUUAUGUUAAAAGCCGAUGUCGUACUUUUUGCCUUUGUGGCUAUACAAAUAUACAAUUGCCUUCGGGGCUAAUAUAAAUCUACAGUUGCCUUCAGGGCUAUAUAGAUAUACAGAUCACCUACAGGGCUAUACAAUUGCUUAUAGGUUUGUGUACCAAUAGUGCUAUAACAAAAUUAAGACACAUCAUCAGGAUCUUCAAUAAAUCCAGUGAUUUACCUCAGCAACCUAACAUCUUAGACUUCAGCAGAUAGCAGCGAGCAAUGGGAAAACUCAAAUAAUUUCCAAUUUGGAAUUAAGUUCUAACAUCCACCACUACUCCAUUUUAAGCCAAAUGCAGGAGUUUAGAACUGGAGCCACAUUCAUCACUGAUAGACGCAAUUAUGAGGAGCAUGAGUUGUCACACAUGGUGACAUUUUGACGGUAAAUUGACACAAGAAUCAGUUAAGGCCUUGAACUAAUUAGACCAGCAAAAAACAUUAUGUUGAUUUAAAACCGCAACCAUAUACAGCCAAAAUCAGCUUCCAACAAUACAUUUGUAAAUAUAGCACAGAAGCCAGCAUAACACCUGCUCUGAUAUUAAUAUUAUCAUUUUCUAAAAUUAUUCUGGUUUCUGUUGAGAAGUUUCCAUUGUAUGCUAACAAGGAAGUACACCUUCAAACUCAAGUUCCAUGACUGAGGUAUGUAAUGCUCACAUAUGAUAUAUAUACCUAAGCCUUCAUCUUGCUAAUGUUCAGACAUCCAAGCUGUUUUCCCUCCAACAAUAUCCACUCACUUCAAAGCUCGUUGUUGCAAAUCAAGGAAUAAAUUUUCAGGAGAACACAUAAGGAUUUUAUUAACUAAAUUAGUUAUUUCACGAGAACGCAAGCUCCUUGGCUAACUUGCGAUGUUUCCACUUCCAAAAGGCUAUCUCUAUGCACAAUCAGAAUUAAUUGUUAAUGUCUCUCUAAAUGAACAUUGACACUUUAUUUAUCUUAAUUGUUUCCAUUUACUUCCAAUUAAUUCCUUAUAUCAGCACAUCACAUAAAAUAUUUAGUCAUCCUUAGUUCAUAAUUCAAGCUGAUAAUAUACUGUUUUCAUCAUGAAGAGUCGUAGCAACUAGUCAUCUAAUAAGCAUGACAUAUCUUCAUAUCUCGUAACAAAAACAUCAUAUUUUCCCCCUUUUAUAAAAAAGCAAGAUUUCUGUUGCUUUUUCCCCAUUCAUAUAGCUAGGUGUAGAGAUCAAAUUUUCCACCCUUUUUCGACGCAAUUAGACGACUCUCCAAAUUAUUUGAACAACAUCAUUGUUUAAUCUCAACUACUCUUUUCUGUGCCGUGUUAGCAGUUAAAAGCCAAAAACAACUGAUAAUUUGAUGAACAAAAAUGAGCAUUAAUCGUAUUUCAAUUUGAGUACUCAUUUUCCUCCUUGAUCUAACUGAGAAUUUCUAAUUUUCUUCAGCUAUUGAUACCAUAUUUCUAAGGAAUUCAGUUUAUUAACAAAAUUAUCCCAACUUAUUCAGUAUUAUUACUAAGCAAAAAUCAGCUACUUAGUCGAGAGCUUGCCCGGACCGACCUUACGGAUAUAAAGAAAAAUCAGCUACUUGAAGUUACUAAUACAAUUGCUCAAUUUCUUUCCAUCUAAUGCUCAAAUAUUUUGCUUGAUUAGCUUAUCCUCUCCAGAAAUACGAAUACCAAAAAAUUACAAUCGUAAAUAUACACAAAUCUCACUAUAAUUAGUAAAUUACACACAAAAAAAUCAUCAAAAGUACGAAGGGAAAAAAGCGCGGGAAAAGCACUUACGAAGGGAAGUGAAAAAUC